UUUGGUCUUUUGUCGGACCGUGCGCCAAGCGCGAGAAAAAAAGCAGACGCCAAUUCAUUCAACCCCAAUUCGCAAUUUAAUCCCAUCUUUAAUUCCACCUCCAAUUCCACCUCCAUUCCACCUCCAUUCCACACCAAAGCAAUGCUCGCCGCCCCUUCAAAUCCCAUUCCCCAGUGGCCGCCAUUCGUCGCCAGCGCGCCCGGCAAGGCAAUUCUCUUUGGCGAGCAUGCGGUCGUCUACGGCAAGGCCGCAGUGGCCGGCAGCCUGUCAAUGCGCGCCUACGCGCUGGUGACGCCGCGCACCGACGGGCUCACGCGGCUGUGCCUUCCGGACAUCGGCGUCGACACGACACUCGGCGCUCUGCCAUCCGCAGCCGCCAUAGCCUCACUCGCGCACCCAGGCGACGUCGCCACGCUGCUUUCGGCGGCGCUGCUGCCGCAGGAGGGCCCUGGGCGCACAGCCACGCUCACCUUUGCGUACCUCGCCGGGGCGCUGCUGCCAGCCAGCGUGCGCCAGAGCGGCCUGACGCUGUGCGUGCGGUCAUUGGUGCCGGUCGGCGCCGGGCUCGGGUCGUCGGCGGCGUUCAGCGUCAGCCUGGCGGCGGCGCUGCUGCGGCUGGACGGGCGCGUCAGCGCGGCGGACUCGGCUGAGGAGCGGCAGCUGGUCGACCAAUGGGCGUUCCGCGGCGAGCAGGUGGCGCACGGCACGCCAUCGGGCAUCGACAACGCCGUGGCCACGCACGGCGGCUUCCUGGCGUACACGCGCGGCAGCAGCCCGCGCCAGCUGGGCGCCGCGCACCCGACGCGUGUCGUCAUCUGCGACACGCGCGUGCCCAAGAGCACCAUGGUGCUGGUCGCCGGCGUGCGCGCGCUGCGCGACCAGCACCCGGCCGCCAUUGACUCCGUCAUGGACGCCAUUGGCGCCUUGGCCGAGGACGCCGCACAGCGCUUCGCCGAUCCAAGCGCCGAGCGGCUGGAGGACCAUUUGCGCGGCGCCGUUGCGCUCAACCACGCGCUGCUGGCCGCGCUGGGCGUCAGCCACCCGGCGCUCGAGCGUGUGCGGAUGAUUUCCGCUGCCCAUAAGAUGCCAGCAAAGCUGACUGGCGCCGGCGGCGGCGGCUGUGCGCUGGCGCUGGUGCCGCAAGCGGCUGCUGCGUCGGAGGUUGCCGCUGUGUGUGCGGAGCUGGCCGCCGAGGGCUUCGCCUGCUACCCGACCGUUGUUGGCGGCGCCGGCGUCCAGUGUGCUGCGCGCGUAGGCGCGGAGUCUGUGGCCGCGUGGGUCGAGCGCGUCGCCGGCGGUGGCUGCGGGGAUCUCGCCGAUGCCUUUGCCGCUCUGUCUGCCGACGCGCUGGCCGAGCUGGCGCCGCCCGUGCCAAGCAAAUUGAUCCGUUGAUCCACUGAUUUACUGAGCCCGCGCUGGCAGUGCUGUGGCUGACCCCACAAGUCACCCCUUGCGCACCUUCCCUCCCCCCCAUCACACACCAUGGGC